GAACAAAUUUGUUAGUCUGCAAGUACUAUCUACAAUAUUUAAGAACUACAACUUCACCCCUGUCUCGUAUGCCACCAUAUGCUUAUGUUUAUAUCUGCUAUCUCGAAUCAUUGAAUGAACUGCAGUAAUUUCGAUUUUAAACUUUUUUUCUACACAUAGCUGUAUUCGAAACGAAGCUCUCCAAUGUUCUUUUAACAUUGUGACAUAAUAUUAUAUAACAAUAUUUUUUCUUUUUUUUAAUUUAUUGUAUAUUAUUGGGAUUUAUUUAGUAAUAAAUAUUAUUGAAAAAUUCUACUCGUUAAUAAAAAUUUCGAACAUUUACGUAUGUGAUUCGAGUUUUAUUUCAUUAUUUCAGGCAAGUCGCACACAAUGCUGGGUACACCAGAGGCAGGACACACUCUAGGAGCGAUUCCGUGUGCAAUUGCCUGGCUUUUCCGUGGGAUAUCCGAACAGCGACAAAGGACUGGUGCCAGAUUUAGUGUCAGGGUCAGUUGUGUAGAAUUGACCACUGGUCAACAGCAGCUCAGGGAUCUUCUUGCGGCUCAUGCUAACGAUUCCGAGCAGUCACCGGCUGUGUACUUGAGGGACGACCCACUGUUCGGCAGCCUGCAGCUGCAGCAGCACAGCGAGCUUCGUGCACCGACAGCGGAACGUGCCGCCUUCUAUUUGGAUGCGGCAGUCGCGGGCCGACAGCGAGAGGACGGAGACGCGCACAUGCUCUACACUCUGCACGUUUAUCAGUACAGUGUCGCUGGCAAGGGUGGAGUUGCAGGAGGCAGAAGCAGACUCCAUCUAAUGGACUUGGGUAAUUCGGAUCGUGGCAAGUCUUCUGGUGGGAUACCCUUGUCCGGAUUAGGCAAUAUCCUGCUAGCGAUCUUCAAUGGGCAGAAACAUCUGCCGUACAAGGAGCACAAACUAACCCAAUUACUAAAGGAGUGUCUCGGCUCGUUGACGUGUCACGCCGCGAUGAUCGCCCACGUGUCUCCGAAUGCUCAACACUACACGGAGACGCUAACCACCGUGCAACUAGCGUCCCGUAUUCACCGAAUGAGGCGAAGGAAGAUCAAGUUCGUGGGUGGGGGCACGCAAGGGACAGGUAGUGGCGGAAGUUCCGGCGAGGAGGCAGCCAGGCAGAACAGCGAAUGCGAUCCAAGUUCCAGCGAUUUGUCCGCGGAUACGGUGAUCUAUGUCGGUCCCAGCACCGACGACGCCACGGACGGUGAACACCCUCCCGUUUAUAUACCCAGUCUGAACUCCGGAGACAAUCGUUGCGCCAUGGGAAGAGUGCUUCGUGGAUCCGCGGCAGAGAGACCCUGCAAGAUCCCGGAAGAUCGCAGUCCGGUGCAUAAAUCCACCAAGGCAGUGAAGACCUUGACGCAGACAGCCUCGAAACAGACUUCUCCGGCGCACACCGCCACUCCGAAGGCCAGUCCAGCCAGAAAGAGUGCAUCAACUAAGGUUCUUUCCUCGUCGAAGGUAAACGAUUCGCCUGGAAGCAAGAUUCCAGUUGCUGCGCCUAGUGGUGGUUCGGAUGAACAAUGGAUAGAUGGUCCCAGGAUUUCCAAGUCUAAGGUUGCCGAGGCUAGACACAUGUUGAAAGAUCCUCAUCACAAGAGAGAGACUUGGAUCGACGGUCCCAUGCAGCUGACUGGUCCGCCUACCUUGCAACUACACACUCAGCAACAUUCCUCUGGUUAUGGGUUCAUGGACAGCCACAAGAAGAGUAUGAUCAGAAAAUGGGUUGAGAACCAGUCGUCGCAGAUUCAGAAGAGCAGACACGCAGCGGCUAGAAUCGAAUCAUCGAAGAUAUCCGGCCAGUCGUCGCAGUUUAAGGAAUUGACGACGUUCAAGACAUGCGGAGGUAUGGACGACGACGACACUUCGUUGUCCACGGUCGAAAGCGACAGUUUGAAGGUGAACGAGAUUGAAGAUAUCACGGAGAAGCUCGGCGCCAAGCUAAAUCUUUUAAACGUCAAGUCCAACACGGAUUCUGGAUUGGAUCUGACGGCCAGCCCUGUUAUGGACGACAGCAUGGACAAAGGAAAAUUGGAUCUUCAGGAGAUGGAUGAAGACGACGACGAGGAGAUUGUGGUACCUCCGCCAUUACCUCUCAUCGAACCACUUAGCAACGGCGUCAGCAGAGAAGUCUCGAUGGAAAGUUUGAACCUCUCGCACAAGGAUAUUGUCCUGCCCUCCAGACACUCGUUGUCCUCCGAGGACGAGAUCUUAGAGAUUGUCGAGGUCGAGGAUUUGGAACCAGUUCCCAUGCAGGAUUCGUGUCUUCAGGUAACGGAGGAGGAUAUCGCGAUGUGUAUGGGAGAGAAUCCUUUACCCGAGAGCGAUCAGGAGGAACAUCCUUUGAGAAUUCUCAGUCAGGAGAACCUCACCGUCGUAUCGACCUUCACUGACUCGAUGUCGGUAAUGUCGGACACGGAGCGGUACAGGCCUCAAUAUCCGCCUCCGGUCGGCGCCGGUGUGUUGCCCAGACCUUAUUUUGACCACGAGGACUUCCUAGAACAAGAGACUAGGCACAAGUUCGACCAAUUGGCUCGACUCCACGAGCUCUACCAAAGUAAGCUGGCGCUCGCCAAUGUCUCCAAUUCGGUCACUUAUCAAAGGGAGAACUCGUCGAACGUGAACGUCAGAGAAGCUCCAUACUUCGACUUUCCUCCUUUUCCGAACCUCAUAACCGCAAAAUAAGGCUGUCGCCUUCGAUCGGCUACAUCCGAUAUAGUGAUCAAGAAUCCGAACGAAACGAAACUGGCAACGAGAGGGUCGAGUUCCAUCGAGAAUCAUCGUGCAAGUCCUCUAAAAUGAAAUCACCCUGUCAGCCAACCAGCGUAGGUCUACAACAAGUAUCGCAUUAACGCAGGACAAAUUCCAGCCGCCCCUGUCUUCCGUCCACCGUCGCGCUGUCAAUCCUUGUCUCUUUCGGACGUGAUGUUCAACGACAAUGCGAGCAAUCACGGCAGCAUCUACAGUGAACCCGCGUACAUUGCCGGCAAGUCCGAUCAGGAGAAGAUCUGCGACAAUUGUCGUCAGAGCAUGACCAGACCGGCCACUGCUUCUUACUGGUAUCCAAACAGCGUAGCGCACAUAGCCAGUCCCAGGAGAUACUGUGGUAAAUUUGGCGAGUGCAACAUUUCCAGUCUCAGGCAUCCCGACGGUGCUUCAAAUCCUAAUCUCAAGGAAGAAGUGGAAAGGCUACCGGGAAAUGGAGCUUCGGGUUCGGAUCCAGAGGAAGAAUAUGUCGAGGCGAAGAAACUGUUCACAGCGGCUGAGAGGUCUGAAAGGACUGUCACUGGCAAGUCAGAUAUCGAGGAAGACGUCAAAGUUCAAGCAACAGCACCGCUGCAGUUGCCUAUUCCAUCACCGGUGCCAUCCUCAGGUCGAGUGCAACGUAAAAUUACUAGUUUGGGCUCUUCGAUGGGUUUGAACAAGGAAGGGUACGAUUCUGGUGCGGAUUCUACGCCACGCGCAGCAAAACUCUCGCCAGCUACUUUGUCCAGGCAUCGCGCGGAAAGUUCUGGCUACGACAGCAUCGUCAGAGACAGCGAAACGAGCAGUAUUGCAAGCGACUCGUCCAGACAUACCGGAGCUCUUCAAGAGCACCAAGGUGGCGCGCUGGGGGUUCUAACCUCGACGUUGUGCGGGUGUUUCAGCGGUGGAACAGCGGGUGGCAGAGUACGGGCUCCGGUCACAGGUCCAGUGCCGGGCCCAUCUGCCACGGGCGCCAUCCGCGCUACUGGGGAUACUCGCUUACACAAGCGAGGACGUGGACAUCCUGGACAAGCGCGCGCGGUUGCGCUCGGAUCCACGAGGCACGAUAUCCAGGAUACACAACCUGCGACUACGGCAGCGCCUUCUUAGAUUAGAACUACGUGACGCUAAAAGGCGCUUGAUGGUGCCUGAUGCUCGCUGGAGUUACGAUCUUCAUGUAGAAGAGAGUAUGGACUGGCGAGACCCGUCGUUCUUAGAAGCGCUCGAGGCUGAGACGUGUAUUCUACACAAGCGAGUGCAAGCUUGCAAAAGCCACGUCCUUUUGAUCACCUGCUUCGACUCCUGCCCACGGCAAUUGUGCACGCGACAGGCAGAAACGCCUAUAGGCGUUCGAAUCACUUAACCUAGACUUGGAUCAGCGCGCUCGACCGCGUGCUGAUCGUUAACGGAUCUCUAUAUGUACGAUUAGAAACGAGACGAGCGAGGUCGCUGAUAGGGAGACAAAAAUAAAUAAAUAAAAAAAGAGGAAUCGUUGUCACGAUGUCGCUCGACUCCGUCCAGUAGUUGUUAAAUGACAAAUUUAGUCGUAUCGUGAUCGUCGUCGCCAUUGUUACGCACGUGUAAUAAUAAAAAGGAGCUUCAAUCCCAUUUUUUCACGAGGAUAAACGCAUCAUUUGCGUUGAUCAGCUGAGAAACUUGUUGCAUUUGGAUCGCAGGCCAUCUCCUGGAUCUCAGCAUUCCAGAUUAAAAGGAAUCGUCAGAUUUUGACUACGAUUUCUAAGGUUCUUAAGUUCUAGCUAUGUUAAAAUUGUUGGCCGAAAUGGCAUAUAGAACGUGAGACACAUACUUGUUGACUUAAGAUAAUUUAACGUACAAGUUGGUGCUUCAUUUUUUAUACUAAUCGACCGUCACAGACUCAAUUUUUAAGUAAAUAAAGUCACCGAAUCUGCUUCUGGUUUUAAUUGUAAAAGAAUUCCAAACCAUCGAAAAAUAUCUUUCGUAAUUAGGGACUGCUGUUUGUACCUUAUAGUGUCAAGCUUCGAGAACAACGCCAAGGUAAUUAGAAAGAAAGUGAUUUGAUCCGUUUAGAACCAGAUGUGCAGUAUUGAAAGUCAUGAAAGUGUGCCAUGCGUGCUUGGUCGUUCGAAGAUCGAGCAUCGCGUUUUUUACGCGUUAGGAAAGAAAAAAAAAAACAGGUAGACAUAUUCCACUGAUCUCUCGAUACAACGAUGCUGAUCUUCGAUCGAUGUUUCGGGACCGAAAUUUAGAUUGAAUGAAAUUGAACAGAUUUGAAUUACAAGAUAAAAUAAUAUGUCGAUUGAACACAGGGCAACAUGAUAAUAGAAAGAAUAUAUAAUAUAUAUAUAUAGCAUACAUAUAUUAUAUAUACAUGUUAUAUAUUAUUAUUAUAUAUAACAUAUAUAUUAUACAUACAUAUUAUAUUAUAUACAUAUAUUAUAUAAUACUAUGAAGAGGUGGUAGUUAUCAGAUGAUAGUAUCGCCGAAAAAGAAAUAAGAGAUUCAUACGGUAAACGAUUGACACGAUAAAAUAUGAAGAAAAAUAACGGCGAUGAGACGCGUCGUAGUCAUUGUAUUUAAUGCACGCACGUUAAUUCAAAGAUAUUAUCGUAGCUUUAAUCGUUAUCAGCAGUUACCGCACUUCGUAGGGCUCUGUAAUUCACUUUAGAAGCGAAGAUGAGAAUCGAUGGGAAUGCGAAAGUGAGCGAACGCGUGCGAGAGAAAAAGAGAACAAGAAGGAUGAGGUAGUAAUGAACGUGAAAGUAACCGAGAAAAAGAUGUUGCGACAGAAAAUGUUACUUUACCACGGUAAACAUAUUCGUAAUUGUAAAAAAGUUGCUCGGUACGUGAGUGCUCUCUUUAUUUCCUGAUGGAACGAAAGACACGUGGCAAGAGAGACAGAGAGAACAGGAUGAAGUUUAAACGUAAAAUUUAAACGCGUAGAGACAAAACGCGUGGGUGUACAGAUCGUGGAAAACGAGGGAAGGAGUCACAGAGAAUGAAAAUAGACGGGAUGAAAAUAAAUCGAGAAUGUCAGUAAUGCGCGGCAGAAACAGAGAGAAUUCAGCUUUCUGAUACGAACUGUGCUGCGUUUGCUGUUAAUAUCGACGAAAACUACUCGCGUCUUUGUCGUUUGACCUCCUGUAUAUGGAUACUUAUAUACGUCGUAUGUAUAUGUCGUAUCCGCGAUCUUUGCUCCUUAUGCUAUGUGCAAUCUUGACUCGCUAAUAUAGCACUGCCAAUCUAAGAGCUUAAUUCCCUUUUAUAUUAUAUAUACACACACAUCUAUGGAUAUCGUUAAGUCCGUUUUUAAAUAUAUCUCUAGAAAACGACUGCUUCCUUUUUUGAAAUUUUCUUGCAAAUUGAUUUCAAUAACACAGUAACAAACAACGAAGCGAUCAUGCAUCUAAUUUAGCCUCAUCUACUUGGAUUUGAUGGUAUCUGUAGAUCGCGGCUACGAGUCAGAUACGUUCUGAUGAUUAAAAUCAAUCAUUAAAGCGAGACAAGGUUGCAAAAGAUGAGUAACGGGUCUGCUUACCGAGCAACACAGGAUUGUCGAUCCCCGUUAGUUCCAGAGAAUCGUUCUCGAAGCUACAGGACCGAUUGAUCGUUGAUCAAAAUUCCUGUGUCGUCCGUUGUUAAACGAAUCUGUACACUAUUCGUCCAUGUUUCUAGACUGUUCUUAACCCGCUACUGUUAAGUAUACACGUGCUCGUUACGAUCAUUUUCGAUCGUUUACUUCACGCCACGUUCGCAACUUAUUCUUUCUUCCAGUUCAAUCUAUCCCGAACUCGACCGAUUCCAGAUGUGUUCAAGAACGUUCAACAUGCACGACAAUCUCCUUUUCCCUUCUAAGAACACACCUUUCCUUCUAAAACAUCUUUUGAGAACUUGUUCCUCCUCUUUUCUUCCAAAGACAUGUCGUUCAAUCUUCUACAUUCUUUCUGUCUUCAACUCAUCCCUUUCGUCUUAUGUUCGAGUUAGAGAAACGCGUCACUCCGUCUACCAUGAAAUACGACUAUUAAGCAAUUUAACGAAUAAUAGUAAUUAAUGAUUAAGAAUUUAUCCGACCUCCGCAUCAUUCCAUUCGAGGAGGUGAGCCAAUGCAAAGCAUAAUACAUACGCGCACAUAUACCUAACAGAAAUACACGAGACCUACCGUAACACGCGUCUAUUGUACCAUAGUCUUUGUAUCAUAUUUAUAUUUUAUAUGUACAAAUUAGUCAUGUAAUUUCUUGUAAUAAAGAUCAAUUUCCAACAUGUACAGGAAAGCAUGAUUUUCAGAUCGCAGUUGCAACUUUUUUCUUUAUCUGGGGAAAGAGAAAUCUCACGUUUUGAGCCGCGAUAUCAAACGAUAUCUCAUAUGUCUCACGAACUGCUUCGUUGGACCGCGUUCGAGUGACUAUCAAAUAACAGCGAAAAACAAUGCUCCACGAUCCAGAUACAAUCAUCUAUGACGAAACAUGCGAGAUUGAAGAGAACGCGGUGUAGGUAAGAAUAUAAUUAGAGACGGAACUGGGUCGCGGAAGCGAACUAAUGAUACAGAAAAGGAAUAAAGAACUUCGCAAAUUCUAACUUCCUGGGAAGCUAGAAUGUUUCAAAGCGAAAUUUAAACGCAAUGCAAUCAAAUUAUACGAACGAUUCGUCUCUACAUUACAUUCUCCACUCGAUUGAUUCAUCCUAAAGCAAUGAAACGAAUGUAAUUGAAUUUUUCUUCUUAUUUUUAAUCUCAUGAUCAUCAUAUCGUUUCGUUUCAUUUCCAUAGGAGAACAAGAUUAAAGCUUAAGAAGACGCAAGAAAUAAAUUCUCAUUGAAAAUAACAUUGGAUUAGGAGAUUCAGAUUGAACAAUAAUCGCUAAAUCUUUACGAUCAUUCAAUGUGGGCACAGAUUACAGUAACCUUGAAUCCAAUUGCCAAGACUCUUGAUAUGAAUGACGAUUAUUAGUGUAAUUAAAUCCUUAAAAACUUGUGAAAUAGCCAGAUAAUCUGAUGGAGAAUAAAUCGAAGGUGCAAUUGAAUGAAUCGCGACGCCGAUUCGUUUGUGUUAUAUAUAGACAUAUAAUUGAUAACAUUUUGCUGAAUAAAAAUAGACGCGUAACCUUUGCUACUUUCUGUGUCCCUCCGGAUGCAUUACACAACUGAGAUGCUGUCGUAGAUUGCUAAAGGAAAAACAUAAAAUAAAUUAAUUAAAAAAUAAACGAACUCGAAACUGUGGAUAUUAUCCAAAGUCUGAUAAUGAAGACUAAGCAAAAUGAGUAUUAUUUAUGGAUACUCGGGUUGCAUAGAUUCGUGGAAUUUCUAGCAAAUAUAAUGGCACGUAAAACAAGAUACUCAGAUAUCUAAAUCCAUCGUUUCCGACAUCGCUGUAACAUCCAAAUAUAAAUUCAAUAUACAUACAUAAAAGCGAUUGAUAUACUUAAUAAACAUACACUGAUAAACUCAAUAUACAUACAUAAAAUGAUACACAUAAAAAGUAAUUACGCAUACAUUUGUUUUCCAAUGAAAGAUUUUUUUUUUUGCAGUAUCAAAUGUUUGAAAUCAUAUAUGAGUAUUACCAAAUGAUGGAUAAUUUUAGACACUUGAACUUAAUUAAUCAGUAUACACUGCACAUUGUAAUGAAUACAUUAGUGUGCAAAUACGUUUUGCAACAACUGUAACUCGUAUACCUCUUCUGUACUUAUCGCACAGUUUCAUUUACCGAUAACCGGUAGAAUUAAAUCAACUGAUCGUUUAAAUAAGAAAGAAAAGUAUUGCGAAAAGAUGGAAUAUAAGUAAAAUAAAAAAACUAGUAAAGAAGUAAAUAUAAAAUUAUCCAUCGUCGUGAACGCGGCGCGAAACCACAGCGAUACUCGCGUGUGCCCUGCGAGAAAGAGGCGAGUGAUCCGAGGCGGACUGGGUCGAUGGAGGGGGCAGUAGCACGAAAUUAUCGGUGGCAUGGUACUGUGAGAGAGCAAAGAGACGGUGUCUCGUGCGUUCGAAAGGAAGAGCAACCGAGAGGACGAGCGGGCAAAGGCGAUUAGGGGGCGGCAAGAGAGGACUCGCCGUCGUCGUCGUCGCCGUCGUCG